AGAAGACCUACUCCAGGAGAUCCAGGAAAGGGAGGGGAAGGGGUAAGGUGGGAGGACAGGAAGGUAGAAGAUGGGGCCUAGGUAAAAAAGGAGUGGAGACUAAUGGCCAGAGGCGGCAGAGACCACAAGCUUGGAAGAGCGUCGCUGUCCUCUACCCUCACCCGCCGGCGGGACCCGAGGCCCAGCCGCGAGCCAGGCGGGCUCUGGAACCGGCUCGAGGACGCUCCCGAAGUCGGCCGCCAGAGGGCGCAGCCGGAGCCGGCGCGGCGGAGCCCAAGGAGGGAGGAGGGGAGCCGGCGGAGAAGGGUCAGCCGCGGCGGCAGGGGCGGCAGCGGCGCAGCUCCACUCCCUACGCGUCUCCCGUCCCCGCGCCCCAAUAGGGCGCGCAGCUCCCGCCGCCGGGAUGCGGCCGCCCGCUCGCCGCGGCCGCCGCCUCGCGCUCCCGGCACUGCUCUCGCUCCUCACCUGCUCCCUGGCUUUUGCUUUGGUUUCUGAAGAUAUAAAGAAAGAGGUCAAGCAAUCUAAGAAUUUGGAGAAAAGUGGUGUCUCAAGGAAAAGUGACAUAGAUUUAAAAGGAAUUGUAUUUGUCAUCCAGAGUCAAAGUAAUUCUUUUCAUGCAAAGAGAGCAGAACAGUUACAAAAAAGCAUCUUAAAGCAAGCGGCAAAUCUUACACAGGAACUCCCCAGAGUCCUUCUUCUUCACCAGCUGUCUAAACAGGAAGGUGCAUGGACCAUACUUCCAUUGUUACCACACUUUUCUGUAACAUAUAGCAGUAAUUCAUCGUGGAUUUUCUUCUGUGAAGAGGAGACAAGAAUACAAAUUCCAGAACUCUUAGAAACACUCAGAAGAUAUGAUCCAUCAAAGGAAUGGUUUUUAGGAAAAGCAUUACAUGAUGAAGAAUCUACAAUAAUUCACCAUUAUGCCUUUUCUGAAAAUCCUACUUUUAAAUAUCCAGACUUUGCUGCUGGCUGGGCGCUUAGUAUUCCACUUGUAAACAAGCUUACCAAGAGGUUAAGGAGUGAAUCCCUGAAAUCCGACUUUACGAUAGAUUUAAAACAUGAGAUUGCCCUCUACAUCUGGGACAAAGGCGAUGGGCCUCCCCUCACUCCAGUGCCUGAGUUUUGCACAGAGGUUGUGGACUCUUCUUGUGCUACCACAUUCCAUUCUUUUCUACCACUUUGUGGAAAUCCAGUGAAGAAAGAGGAUAUAUUUUUUGCAGUAAAAACAUGCAAGAAAUUUCAUGGUGAUAGAAUUCCCAUUGUAAAGCAGACCUGGGCAGGCCAGGCAAGUGUCAUUGAAUACUACAGUGAUCACGCAGAAAGUUCCAUUCCUACAGUAGAUCUGGGGGUUCCCAAUACAGAUAGAGGUCAUUGUGGAAAGACAUUUGCCAUUUUGGAAAAAUUUCUGAAUCACAGCCAUGACAAAAUAGCAUGGUUGGUCAUUGUGGAUGACGAUACAUUAAUAAGCAUCUCCAGGCUCCAGCACUUGCUUAGCUGUUAUGACUCCAGCGAACCGGUGUUUCUGGGAGAGCGGUACGGCUAUGGCCUGGGCACUGGCGGCUACAGCUACAUCACAGGAGGAGGAGGAAUGGUCUUCAGCAGAGAAGCAAUCAGGAGACUUCUCGCCAGUAAGUGCCGCUGCUAUAGCAAUGAUGCUCCCGACGAUAUGGUCCUAGGAAUGUGCUUUAGUGGGCUGGGAAUCCCUGUGACGCACAGCCCUCUCUUCCAUCAGGCUCGGCCCGUGGAUUAUCCCAGGGACUACCUUUCUCACCAAGUCCCCAUCUCCUUUCACAAACACUGGAACAUCGAUCCAGUAAAGGUGUAUUUCACGUGGUUGGCACCCAGGGGGGAAGACAAAGCCAGGCAGGAGACACACAAAGGCUUUAAGGAAGAAUUAUAAAACGUGCUGGCCCAUGAGCACAGUCUGGGUCAGAGACAGAAAUGGAGACUGGUGUCGUCCUGCUGAGCUGCUGCUUCCACGUGCCACACGGCAUUGGAAGCCUUCUGACUUUAGGUGGAAAUUAUGUAUACAGUAUUUUUUGAGAGGGGAGGAAGCAGAGUCAUAGGGAAAACCGAUUUUUUUUUCUGGGAAAAAAUCAUUUGCUUUUGCAUUAUGCAGUUAUUGUAAUAUACAAUGAUUACCGUGUAUUUUUCAAGCUGUGAUAUAGCAGCUUUAUUACUGUCACAGAACAAUAAAUGGUACCAGAAGUCUC